GGUCUGGGAUUCCUUUAUGAGGUGCAACCAAAACAGCUGUUAAACAUUGCAACAGGGAUAUUCUGGCAGGGUGUCUGUGUAGCAUUAGUUCUGAAUACGGUUGUGGUUUUGAUCACUAAAAUGGCUGUGACUUUUGGACUCUCUUUGAGUGUUUCUUGGCUUUGUUGCCUGCUAAUUGGAGGGAUAAAGUGUUUUCCACUUCAAGGUGGUGCUUAUGGGCAUCCUGCCUGCACUGGACCUGAACCAACUGGAUCCCAAGCAAGUGUGGUGUCUGGUCCAAAUGCUAAAGCUACUGGCUACAAUACCCUGGCAAGUGUGAUGCAGGGUCCAAAUGCCACAGCUGAAGCAACUGCUAAACAUACCUCUGCAGUAGCGGCUGCCGGCCCGCGCGCCUCUGCUGAAGCAACUGCCAGCCAUACCUCUGCAGAAGCGGCUGGCCCCCGCGCCUCAGCUGAAGCAACUGCCAGCCAUACCAAUGCAGUAGCGGCUGCCGGCCCCCGCGCCUCUGCUGAAGCAACUGCCAACCAUGCCUCGUCAGAAGCGGCUGGCCCCCGCGCCUCUGCUGAAGCAACUGCCAAACAAAGCUCUGCAGAAGCGGCCGCCGGCCCCCGCGCCUCUGCUGAAGCAACUGCCAACCAUGCCUCGUCAGAAGCGGCCGGCCCCCGCGCCUCAGCUGAAGCAACUGCCAGCCAUACAUCUGCAGUAGCGGCCGCCGGCCCGCGCGCCUCUGCUGAAGCAACUGCCAAACAUACCUCUGCAGAAGCAGCUGGACCCCGCGCCUCUGCUGAAGCAACUGCCAAACAUACCUCUGCAGAAGCGGCUGGCCCCCGCGCCUCUGCUGAAGCAACUGCCAAACAUACCUCUGCAGAAUCGGCUGGCCCCCGCGCCUCAGCUGAAGCAACUGCCAGCCAUACCUCUGCAGUAGCGGCUGGACCCCGCGCCCCUGCUGAAGCAACUGCCAACCAUGCCUCUGCAGAAGUGGCUGGCCCCCGUGCCUCUGCUGAAGCAACUGCCAAACAAAGCUCUGCAGAAGCGGCCGCCGGCCCCGCGCCUCUGCUGAAGCAACUGCCAACCAUGCCUCGUCAGAAGCGGCUGGCCCCGCGCCUCAGCUGAAGCAACUGCCAGCCAUACAUCUGCAGUAGCGGCCGCCGGCCCGCGCGCCUCUGCUGAAGCAACUGCCAAACAUACCUCUGCAGAAGCAGCUGGACCCCGCGCCUCUGCUGAAGCAACUGCCAAACAUACCUCUGCAGAAUCGGCUGGCCCCGCGCCUCAGCUAAAGCAACUGCCAGCCAUACCUCUGCAGUAGCGGCUGGACCCCGCGCCUCUGCUGAAGCAACUGCCAAACAUACCUCUGCAGUAGCGGCUGGCCCCGCGCCUCAGCUGAAGCAACUGCCAGCCAUACCUCUGCAGUAGCGGCUGGCCCCCGCGCCUCAGCUGAAGCAACUGCCAGCCAUACCUCUGCAGAAGCGCCUGGCCCCCGCGCCUCAGCUGAAGCAACU